GUCGGUGCUGGCCAAUUAGGGCUGGGUCCGCUGGGAUUGCGGCUGGGCUUGUGAUGGCCGCCUGAGGAGCGAGUGCAAGGGCCGGGAUCCAGGGCGGGCACGCGAGCCGGCGUGGACGGUUGGAAACGGCGGCGUGUGAGGCAGGCGCGCGGCAUUAUUCUCUAUAUUCCCCUUUAGGUAUUUGACAUUGUUGCUGAAUAAUGGGGGAGAUAGAAGGAACGUACAGAAUACUGCAGACUCCUGGUUCUCGUUUGGGAGUCCAGAAGAAUACCGGAGUGAGUACGCUGGAGCCAGAGCAGAAUCUUUCUACAGCAAUGGCAAUGACACCUGCCAAAAUGCAUGAGAGGGAUCUACUGAUUAAAAUAAAACUGUUGGACAACACUGUGGAAGUACUUGCUGUUGAGUCCAAGUGCUGUGGCCAGACGUUGCUGACAUUGGUUUAUAAGCAUUUGAAUCUGGUUGAGUCCGACUACUUUGGAAUUGAGUUCCAGAACAUCCAGUCAUAUUGGAUUUGGCUUGAACCUAUGAAACCUAUUAUUAAACAAGUACGAAGACCAAAGAAUACAGUGCUUCGUCUAGCUGUAAAGUUUUUCCCUCCUGACCCUGGUCAGCUGCAAGAGGAGUAUACCAGGUAUCUGUUUGCAUUACAAAUCAAAAGAGACUUGGCAGAGGAACGACUAACCUGCAGUGACAACACAGCAGCUCUGAUCAUCUCUCAUCUUCUGCAGUCGGAGAUUGGGGAUUUUGAUGAAUCUGGGGAUCGUGAUCACCUAAAAACAAACCAAUACUUGCCAAACCAGGAAAGAGUACAAGGAAAGAUACUGGAGUUUCACAGGAAGCACUUGGGCCAAACUCCUGCUGAGUCAGAUUUCCAGGUGCUUGAAAUUGCUCGGAAACUGGAGAUGUAUGGCGUUAGAUUUCAUCUUGCAUCUGACCGUGAGGGGUCCAAAAUUAGCCUGGCUGUUUCACACAUGGGCGUACUAGUAUUCCAGGGUACCACAAAAAUCAACACCUUCAACUGGUCUAAGGUCCGUAAAUUAAGCUUCAAGAGAAAAAGGUUUCUUAUCAAGCUACACCCAGAAGUCCAUGGUCCAUAUCAGGAUACGCUGGAGUUUCUGUUUGGCAGUAGGGAUGAAUGUAAAAACUUCUGGAAAAUCUGUGUGGAAUAUCACACUUUCUUCAGGCUGUUUGAUCAGCCGAAACCAAAGGCUAAAGCAGUCUUCUUCAGCAGAGGGUCUUCAUUCAGAUACAGUGGACGAACACAGAAACAGCUGGUGGAUUAUGUUAAAGACAGUGGGAUGAAGAAAACUCCCUAUGAAAGGAGGGGCAGCAAAGCUAGAGUGUCUGCUCAUACUUCGAACACAGAUGUGCCAAAACAGAGUGUCUCAUUUACUGAGGGCUUAGGUGCUCCUGGGUCCCAUGCCUCAGUAUCUGCCUCCUUCCAUUCAGUUUAUACAUCAUCCACUACCACUACUGACCUGCCCAUCUGUACAGAGACGAAUCAUUCCUUCUUGGACCCCAGAGCACCGUAUAUGAGGCGUCCAACAGCGGAAAAGAGUAUUGCAACACCAACUGAAGAAACUGGGAAGAAAGCGACACAGCAGCCAGGAUCUCCCAUACUCCAAUCAUUCCAAGGUGUUGGGUUUUGUAAUGUUGUAGGAAACUGCAGCCCCACUUAUACUGGUGUUGAGAGUAGUUGUGGUUUAGAUCUAGAAAUAGAGAAGGGUAACAAAGAGAGCAAGGUUAUCUGUAAAAAUGACAAUGAUGAGGAUGACUUUACCACAGGUGUUUUUAUUGCUGAUAAAAAGCAUCAGUAUUGCGGUAGGGGUGACCCUCUUUUCACAUUGACGAAUUCCCAGCUGCAGGUUUCAGAAGAAUUUAUUGAUGAUGACCCAACAGAAAUCUCCUUUUUUGCUGGGGGAUCUGAAGCAUUUUCAUAUGUGUACAGUGGCUUAGACCAAAUAGGGUCUGAUUUAUCUAGGCAUGCAUCAGAUUCAACUAAACUAACUAAGGAUAUUCUUCAGCAAAGUAUGUUGUCUUCUCAGUCAAGCCCUGACAGAUACUCCACAGAAGCAGUAGAUAUGAACAUGGAAGAUGAGUUUGAAUUUGAAGAAGGGAGUGAUUUCAAUGGCAAUGAGAGACCAUCAGAUACAUCGGAAUUGUUUGAGGUUAAAGCACAAGCAAGCAGAAUGCAAAGCCUUUUGAGUCCUUCUGAAACCAGUUCACUCAUAAACAACCGUUCUGAAAGCAGUUCCCUCAAUAAUUUGCCACUGAAUGGUACAUCAUCCUUUCACACGUAUAGCUCUGCUAAUCAUUCUGAAGCUAGUUCUAUGGUUAACUUCCCAGCCUACUCAGUUCGCUCUGAAUCCAGCUCAGCCUUUCAGUUCACUGACAUCAUUGACCAGUUGGAGCAGCUGAGCUAUCCACUUACCACUACAGAAGACUCUACCAGUACAGAUACAGACUCCUGGGAUUCAGAAAGUGCAACUCCAAUGGAUGUAAACCACUUCUUCAGCAACCCCUUUGCUCAGGCAACUGGCCUCUCAAUGGACCACCCUCAGCUUUCUUCCUUCACAUUGAAGAGUCCACAGAUCUUGAACCCCACAUUUCAGAUGAAUUUGAACCCAGCUGUCCAGGGUUCAUCUCCUCUUCUGAGUCCUGUCCUGAGCGAUGCUGGCAGUGCCCGGGUAGAAGAGGAAGAGGAAGUAAAACACAAGCGAUAUCCAACAGAGAAGGUGUAUUUCAUAGCAAAGGAGAUUCUUGCUACUGAACGGACAUAUGUGAAAGACCUAGAAGUCAUUACAGUAUGGUUCCGCAGUGCAGUCAUCAAGGAGAAUGCCAUGCCUGAAGGUCUGAUGACGCUGCUCUUCUCUAAUAUAGAUCCAAUCUAUGAGUUUCACCGAAGUUUCCUGAAAGAGAUGGAGCAGAGGGUAGCACUAUGGGAAGGACAAUCCAACUCUCAUGUGAAAGGAGAUUAUCAACGGAUUGGAGAUGUCAUGCUGAGGAACAUGUGUAUGCUGAAGGAGUUUACCAGCUACUUGCAGAAACAUGAUGAGGUCCUGACAGAACUGGAGAAAGCAACUAAGUGCUUAAAGAAACUGGAAAUGGUUUAUAAGGAGUUUGAAUUGCAGAAGGUUUGCUAUCUGCCACUCAACACUUUCCUGCUCAAGCCCAUCCAGAGGCUGAUACACUACAAGCUGAUCCUGGGGAGACUUUGCAAGCACUACACAGUAGAACACCAGGACUAUGCCGACUGCAGGAAUGCACUGAAGGAGGUUACAGAGAUGACAUCUCAGCUCCAAAACAGCCUGAUCCGCCUGGAGAAUUUCCAGAAGCUGACAGAGCUACAACAUGACUUGAUUGGCAUUGAUAACCUCAUAGCACCUGGCAGAGAAUUUAUCCGGGAGGGUUGCUUGUACAAGCUCACUAAAAAGGGUUUACAACAGAGGAUGUUCUUUCUGUUCUCAGAUAUGUUGCUGUACACAAGCAAAGGAGUCACGGGUACCAAUCAGUUCAAAAUUCAUGGACACCUCCCUCUGCAUGGCAUGCUGGUGGAAGAGAGUGAGAAUGAAUGGUCUGUCCCACACUGCUUCACAAUCUAUUCAGCUCAGAAAACAAUAGUAGUGGCAGCAAGUACCCGUCUGGAGAUGGGGAAGUGGAUGGAAGACCUAAACAUGGCGAUUGAAAUGGCCAAAAAAUCUAAUGAGAAAUAUGACCCAUUUUUGGAAAGCUCCAUGUGUAAUCGCUCUAACAGAUCCUCUGAUGAGGUGUCUCUAGAGCAGGAAUCCGAAGAUGACAUACAGUCUUCUCGUAGCUCCCUGGACAGGCAGAGCCACCACCGUGCCAACACUACAAUGCACGUGUGCUGGUACCGCAACACCAGUGUCUCCAUGACUGACCACAGUGUGGCCGUCGAGAAUCAGCUUUCAGGGUACCUGCUGAGGAAAUUCAAAAAUAGUAAUGGCUGGCAAAAGCUCUGGGUUGUCUUCACCAACUUCUGUUUGUUCUUCUACAAAACUCACCAGGAUGAUUAUCCAUUGGCCAGUCUCCCACUACUUGGCUACACAGUCAGCACCCCAGUGGAGGCAGAUGGCAUUCAGAAGGAUUAUGUCUUCAAGUUGCAGUUCAAGUCCCAUGUGUAUUUCUUCAGGGCCGAGAGCAAGUACACCUUUGAGAGGUGGAUGGAAGUGAUUAAGAGAGCCACAAAUUCUCCAGGGAGAUCGAGCCUGUUGAUUCCCAUGGAUGAAAAGGAUAUUCACACAAACUGAAGGGGGCAGAGCUGGGUCUCUGCUGUAGACAUCUGUAGUGCGGUGGGAUGGAACAAGGAGUGGGGGGGGUUGAUAAAGCAGUAACAUGAGAUGCUUGUUUCCACCUGAUGUGGAAGUUAAAUGGACAAGGGGAGUGAUGAACUGGGGUCACAUCAGGUUAGACUGGACUAGAAGAUAUAAAGUCUGCUACAGUCAAAGCUAACUGGAGAGGUAAUGAACCUUAACAAUGGCUGCAAAAUUCCCAUACUGUGGGAAUCCCAUGGUUUGCUGUGUGCGUGCAUUGCAUUCCUGUUAUGGGUUCUGUAUGGUAUACAGUGGCAUGUCCUGAUGGAGACAGAUGGCCAUGUUCAUUGUGAUUGGGUGUGUCAGUUGUGUUUCUUGGUCCGUAACUGCGGAUAUCAGGCUUUCUGGCUCCCGGGAGUUCCCGUCUGACACUCAGUGUGGCUAAACCUCUGGACUGUCAGCUGCCAUAGCUUCAACCUGCUGGCCACAAACUUUGUGGACUAACUGGGGAUCUGCAGAUGUAUCCAGCCAGAAGGCCUGAAUUCACUUUAAUUUCAAACAGAAAAUACAGCUGCUGUAAAAUCAUGGAGCUCUUCAGGAAAUUGCCAUGGCAACAACUUCAGUUUUUUUGGGGGGAGUGGGGGAAAUGGGGAGAACAUGAAGCUUUUAGUUUUAGAGGUAUCACAUUUACAGCUUGGAGCAGGAGACCUGUAUGAAAGAACACACAUGGUUUAUUAGAGCUCAGAGCCUGCUCUGCUGCAUGCUGAGAGGGGCCUACCAGAUAUAUUUAUUAUACCUCCAGAGUCCUCUGCAUCCCUCAUGGAGUGGAGGGCUCCUCUUACAAACCCUUUAAUCACCCUCCGCUAGUGAGACAUUAUUUAAGGCAGGGAUGGCCAAAGAACUAACCACAACGUCCUCCAAUGCAAUAUGUUGCUGCUCUUGAGUGGUAUUUUCAAAGGUGCCUAAGUGACAUAGGCGUAUAAGCCCCAUUGAAAGUCACUGAUACUUGUGUUCCUAUGCUACUUAGGAGUGUUUGAAAAUCCCAGCCCUUAUCUCUCUGGAGGUGGCAUCCAUCUUCAGCUUUAACAUGGUGUGACGAUCAUUUGCAUCAAGGUGGAGCAUUAUAUCCUGGCACCUGCUUUCUGUGGGGUUGUGCCACCAUAUUCAAGAUAAAAAUAGUUUCAGUCUGCCCCACUUCCUGCAGAUUUUCUGUUUCCUUUGGAUGCUGUGCAAUGCAGCACUUGAUUGGGCAAAUUAUGGAUGCCCCUGAUCUAAGGACUGGUAAAGUUGUAAUAAGCUGAAAGUAAUAAAUGCUGCUUAUAGGUAACAUAGCUUAGAGGGGCUGAUUUAUAUUUCAGGUGGGAAAGUAUUUGUGUCAGGGAAGAAACAAUAAGGUGUUAGAGAGAGAUAAGAAAGUGCUGUGUGUUGCGAGGAUGGCAGAAACAAGAGGAAAGCAGAGAGACCUAUGGAACAUGGGAGAUGCAGGGGCUUGCAUGUGCAACUGUUUCCCCAGAGAGAGACUCCUGGGUUUGUUGGGUCAAAGUCUUAGUGUGCUGGAUGGGAAAGGACUAGGAUCCCAGAUGGGAGGAUUCUAGGUAGAAGAUUUCAUGACCUUUCACUUGGCACCUUCAUCCAUAAAGAAGCAGAGACUGGACCAGUGCAUCAUAAUGACCGUUGUCCAUUGUAAGUUAAAUGUACUUUUUUAAUUUAUUAGUGUCUUAAAAUAAACGGUUGUAGAUGUAUAAAUGUGUGUUUUAGCCAUUUCUGCUAUACCCUAGCUGAGGGUAAAUGUCAUGGUGGUGGAAGUAAACAGCUGCUCAAUGUAAAGCUCUGUCAGUAUGCCCGUGUUCACUCUAAAGCUUUCCUGCUCUUGGGAAGGUAUGUGACGUCUGCAUGCAAGCUGGGUAGUUCGGUCCUUUAGAGUCAGUGGUGGGACAGUCACCAGUUCUAGGCGAAAUACCUUAUUCUUGAGCUUUGCAGCGAUCUCUGUGGAUCCCAGAGUAAGCCUGUGUGAUGGCAUCUUCAAAGAAUUACACGUGUGAUUUUUCUCCUCUUCAGAGCUGAUUAAACCCUCUUUUUCCUUAGCUCUGCAGCUUGAGGGAAGAGGCUUUGGACUCCGUAACAGGUGGUUGAGCUUCUACUGUCUUCAUCUGUUUUCCUGGAUGAUGCUCUGCUUGCCUCUUCGUCCCAAGAACAGUAAUGCACACUAUGAACAUCCAGGGUCUGUUUGAAAGGAAUGAGUGAAACCAGUUUAGAGUGGAGCUUCCCUUUUGAAUGAGAAAUCCCCAUCUGCCGUCUUUGGGAUUUCAACUGCUUGUUAAUCUCUUGCAAUGGGGAUCUGCAGAGGCAAUUUUCAUGAAGGAGAAAAGAGGGUUACCUAUCAGUAAUUGAAGUUUUCUGAGUAUGUCCACACUGACUCUCCUCCAUAGCCUUUUGCUUAGACUUUGAGACAGAGAGGAAUUAAAGACUGUUAAGAACAAAGGGCCUUUUACAGCGAUGGUUUAAAACAUUGUUGUGUAGCUCUAGUUAUCUGCUAUUUCUUUUACUUCUUUAAAUGAUUCCCAUGGCUUAUGAGUGUGGCAUGCAACUUCCUACAGUGCAGAGGCAGUAUGUCUGAAAAACCCGCUACUGGUAAGUUAGAUGCCUUUCUCAGCCUUGCCCCAAGUGAACAUUUUCUCA